GCUUUCUUCACACGCUCCCCCUCUAAUUUCAUUAACCACCAAAUUUACCUCAUUUUCUGCCACGCCUCAUUACAUCAUUAUUUUCCCCAGCAACUACUACUACUUCUUCCAUCGCUUUAUCUCAUAUAAUCUCCACAUUUAACACGAAUAAAUACACAACUGAAAACCGUGCGUGGUUUUUCUUCCCAUAUUAGUGAUUGAAUUUCUUUCUCACAUAUCUGGAAUCUUCCCGUACGUUUUGCAUCGGUAAGCGUGAAGAGUGUGACAGAGUUCUUUCUGCCCUUCAUUCUUUUAUUAUUGGUUGACAAGUCAGUUUCCAGUAAUCUCAAUCACAUCCAACCAACUUCUUCUAUUGAAAUAAAUCACCAUUAUUACUACUACUACUACGAAGAAAAUAAUUUUUUGUGCAUUUUGAUAUAGUUUGCACUUUGCAUUAUCAAUGGGGAAUUGCCAAGCGGCAGAGGCAGCUACAGUAGUGAUUCAACAUCCAGGCAACAAAGUACAGAGAUUUUACUGGUCUGUAAGUGCCAAUGAAGUCAUGACUUCGAAUCCUGGUCACUACGUGGCACUUGUUAUCUCUUCUCCAACUGAGAGAACACACAAUGGUUCGCCCGUGAGACAGCUCAAGCUUCUCCGACCCGGCGAUACUUUGCUUCUUGGACAAGUUUACCGACUCAUCAGUUUUGAAGAUGUACUGAAAGAGUUUGCUGCAAAGAAGUGUGUAAAACUUGGCAAGUUAAUAAGGGAAAGUGGAGGCCUUGUUCUUGAUUCAAAGAAAAUCUCAACAAAUGCUCCAUCAGUGAACGCCAAGCCCAGAUUAAUAAAUGGAAUCCCAGCUAAGAUGGAGCAUCAUGAAACUUAUCAACAAGGAAGCAGCAGUAGCAGUGGCCAGAAACGUGUGGGAAGACAUAAUGGUGGUGGGCAAUGGAAACCAGCCUUACAGAGUAUUGCAGAGACUGGAACUUGAACUCAACCACUACUCCCAUCUCAAUGCACACUUUCUACUAGCUAGGCUAAGCCUUUUCCAAAAUAAGAAAAGAUAGCAACUCAAUUGUCCCUAGUCCCUACUUUAGUUUAGAAAAUUACCUAGCCCAGCCACUUAAUUAGUACAAUGUGGAGUACUUGAUGUUUGACGGACUGAUCACUCUAAAGAAUUGCGUGUACGUAGCUGCUUAUUUUCAAGUUUGACAUAAGUAAACAAUUACUCGGGCAUCAUCAUAUAUUGAGGUCUUAGCUAGGGUACUGUCAUUUGUUUCUAUUCGCAAAAUCCUUGUAAAAUUACUGCAAAGGGAUUGACUAGUUGGGGAACUUCCACAGUGAGGAUUAUGAACGUGUUCUGGUUGAUUCAGGUUCUUAUAAAUUGUUCAAAUAUUUACGGGCUGCCAAAAAUCUUGUUACUUCAAUUAUCUAACUUGAGCUGCUAGCUGGAGGAUGCUUCAGAGUUCAGACUUGUUUUAUUAGCCUGGCAAAGUAACUAUCCACUCUGUGCAAUUUCUUUUAGUUUCCUAAUCUCUGUAUCUUUUGUUUCCUAGAAAAAUUAUACUAGUGCUUUUAAAUAAUUCAUCCUUUUAAGGAUCAAAACAUCUACCGAAAUCCACCUGUAAUCUGUAAUAUUCAAAAUAUUAGUAGUAAUAUAAAUUGGGUUCUUUAUGUUUCA